GCAGCUCAGAGACAGCACGUUUGAGUGAGGCACGCAGCGUCGAACACUCAAGAUCAAAAUCCGAGCGACAUGAAAUGAAUCGGGACGGACGAUCCUUAGUCCUAAAAUAAUCUCGUACAGCGGAAAAAAGGCCCGCGUUUCAUUCAUGAAACAUGUCUGAAUUGCCAGGCAACACAGAAGCGGUACCUGCAGCCCACAGCUUGUUGUUUUCAUGACACUUUGAGAGCUGAGGGAGAUUUGAUGCCGCCGCGAACCGACGGGAUUUAACGUUACACGGAGAGCACGGGGCUCGACAUGGCCUCGGUGAACUGCUUCGGUGGUCCGGAGGAGCUCGAGGACACGAAUCACGCGUCAAGUUUGAUGAGAGAGCUGAAAUUAUUCUACGACUCGCAGCUGUUAGUCGACGUGACUAUCAAAGUGGAGCCAGACCCGGAGCAAAGUGUCUCCUCAGGGAAAGUUUUCCAGUGCAACCGAAAUAUACUGGCAGCCGCGAGCCCGUAUUUCAAGAGCAUGUUUACCGGAGGACUGUAUGAGAGCACGCAGCGAAGUGUCACCAUUCAUGAUGUGGACGCCCAUUCAAUGGCAGUCAUAAUCGAUUACUGCUACACUGGCAAAGUCACGGUCACCGAAGCCAAUGUGCAAAGGCUUUACGCAGCUGCCAACAUGCUGCAGCUGGAGUAUAUCCGGCAAGCGUGCGCAAACUUCAUGACAAGACGGCUGGACCUUUCUAACUGUGCAGGGGUUUUGAAGUUCGCCGACACCUUUGACAAUCUAGAGUUGAAGAGCAAAGCUCAGGCGUUCAUCGCGAAGAACUUCGUCCAGCUCGGUGCGAGCGCGAGAGAGCUUUGUGAGCUGGACCUGAAGCAGAUCACAGAGAUCCUCACACUGGACUCUCUGGACGUCGACUGCGAACGCAAAGUGUGUUCGUUCGCGAUACAGUGGAUUGAGAAUAAUCCGCACAAUCCGGAUGCUGAAGAUGCGCUUCAGGUCCUCAGAUGUGUGCGGUGGGCUUUGUUUUCAGAGAAAGACAGGGUUUAUCUAGAAGGCCUGAAAUCAAAGCCUUCUAUAAAGAAGUAUCUUGCGAAUGUCCUCGAUGAGCCGAGCGCUACGAUAUCAAAGAGUGUACAUGCUGCCAAACAAAGAGUCGGCAAGAGUGCAAAAGAAAUGGUGCUUUUCUUCGGACGGCCUAAUGAGCCGUUCAUGUGUUAUGACCCCUAUACGGAUGACAUCUAUUCUAUGGCAUCCCCGGUCAUCAACCUCACCAAUCAGAACUUCAAACGCUCUCCCAUGGAGACGUUUUUGGUCUGCACCACGCCGGAGAACAGUCUGUAUCUCGCCUCGCACCUGUCCAAGCACUUCUGGGUCUUCAACCCUCUGUUGAAUUGCUGGCAGGAGCUUGCGGAAAGACUUCUCAGAAGAGUUCACUCGUACAUGGGGUACCUCGACGGGCAUCUGUAUGUUCUGGGAGGCAGAGAUCCGGUAUCGGACGCCAGGCUCAAGGAAGUUGAAUGCUACAGCAUUCAGAGGAACCAAUGGGGUUUUGUGGCACCCUUGCCGCAUUCUUUGGGAAAGAUGCAGGUUGUGACGAUAAACGAGCGGCUUUAUGUGGUGAACAAGAGGAGGAUGCUUAGCUACGAGCCGAAGAAAAGCCUCUGGAUCCAGCGGGGCUCUCUGAAACGCAGCAAACUCCACAAAGCUUGUGUUUUUCAGGAGGAGAUUAUAUGUUUGUGCGAUAUCCCCGUGGUCAAAGCUUAUAACCCGGCUCGAGGAGAAUGGCGACGGAUCGGAGACAUUCCCAUCGACAGCAGCGCUCUCAACUACCAAGUUGUGCAACACAACAGCAAACUGCUGCUUCUAACAAUUGCAAUAGUCCAUCACAGCAAAAACAGGCUGGUGAUACACGAAUACGAUCCCACUCAGGACUCAUGGAAAAACGUGGCCACCAUGUUUGGAUUGUCGUUUGGAUCCAUAAGCCUCUCGGCCCGGGUCUAUACCACAUGCUUGGGGUCCGGUCAGAAUUUCAUCUCGGAGGAGGAUGACGACAGCGGCUCCAGUGCAGACUGGGACUUCGACGGAUUGACGGACGCAGACUCUGACUCCGGGAGCUCAAGCUCAUUUUCAGAUGAAAACUGGUAGCAAUGUAGUUCUGCAGAGUCAGAUAGAGCGUGAAAAGAUGUGUAAUCGAGCCAUACGUGAACAUGCAGGUGUUGAAAUGAUUAGCCUGUAUAACCUACUUGAAAUCCACGCUGUUAUGAUGAGUAUUAUUAAACACAUGCUUACCUUCAUGAUACAUGGCCAGUGAAUGAUACCUUGUCUCAGGAUUAUUAGAGAGGUGCAAGCAAACAAUUGCUAGUAUUUUGACUAAAUAAAGAGCAGUAUUGCGCUGGGAUUCUUGAACAGGGUACAAGGGGGCAAACAGCCCCUCUUGAAGAAAACAUGGUCUCAAGGUUUAUAAUGAUAAAAGAAAUGUUCAGUUUUAUUUAAUAUCAAUGGUGCAGUUUAAUGAUAAUGAGGUUUACUUCAAAUAUAAAGGCCUUGUUUGUUGAGGUGAUGUAGGGGCAAUUUAUUUAUUUUUUAGUUUAGAUACAUUAUUAAGAUCAACCACUUCAGGAAAGAUGGAGUAUUUGCCAUGUUACACAUUUUUAAUUUCCUCUCAAGUAUGCUAUAACUACACCUUAUUAUUCCGCUAUUAAUAAAAACACGAUAUCUACAGCUUUGAAAGAUUAGCCCAUUUGCACCUUCCCUCAAUUUACCUGUUUAUGUUCCUUAUGUUUAUUGUUGUUUAAUUGUUAUAGUUGUCUGUUAAAUUAUCACGUUUGUGUAAUCUAAUUUAUAGGGUUUGUCCUGUUAAUAAAGUCUGUUUAUACUUUAUAUAAA